AUGACAUUAGCUAUUAAUAUUAAUGGACAAAGAAAAACAUUUUGUUAUCGAUGGAAACGAUCACAAGCAUCGAUUAUUAUUUUCAAUAUUAUUCUUCUGAUUCUAACAACAACAUCAAAAAUAGACAGUACAACGAAAAAAAAAGUUAUAAAUAUAACAUAUCGUGUUCUGAUUAUUAUCAUUUACAUUCUAUAUACAAAUAGAAACUAA